CCUCCCUGGCUUUGCAGGCUCCGUCUGCUCUCCUAUCUGCUUGCCUGCCUUCUGUUUUCCCCCCAGCUGUUCCUGGAUUGGAGAAGUCGCUCGCAACAUGGGGAACAUGGCUUGUGUUCCCCAGGCCCCUGGGAGGUUCAGAUACUCUUUCUCCAGGAAGCCUUCCCUCAGGAAAGAACAAGAGAGCAAGAAAAAGCUGGCCGGCCUCUUUGGUUUAGAACCAGGACAGGAGAGAGACGUCACCUCAGACAAGAUACUCCAGUAUAUUCCCGGAAAGAACCUCACGAGCCAGGAAAAUGGGAAAGAAAACUUUGACCAGCGUUUCCCCGCCCUUUUCAAGAAGGGCCGGAGGAAGACUGUGGUGCGGAACCUGGGGAAGAUUAUCUAUUACUCGAAGGUCAAAUUUAAGUUUCAGCACUGUCAGGAUGUGAAUGACUGCUACUUAGAACUUUUCCAGGCCUACCUCUAUUUUCAGUCCCUCGGUCCGAACGGACUCACCUAUCAGGGCCUGCUGCCUUUGAAAGAGCUCCAGUUGAAUGAGAUCGAAAACCUAAAGGGGACCGAGGAGGAGGUCCACGCUUUCCGAAUUACAGGUCCGUUGCUGAACCCCCUGAUAGUCUACUGCCCGGACAGGUCGGAGCUGAACCCCUGGCUUUACCACUUAGAGAAACAGAUCCACUUAAACGGAGGCAGCCUCGACUUGCCCUUCCUGGCUCAGAAUGACUGGAAACAGAGCUCUAUUGGGAGGGAGCAGCUGCGGUGGUCUGUGCAGAAUGCCCCCGUGCGGGAAUGGAGAGGCACCCAGCGGGAGUCCCUGGGCGACGUCCUCUGCGUCUCUAAAGUGAAGCUGCAGCAUCUGCCCUUUCAGGAACAGCACGACCGCCUGUUGAUUCUCUACCCUUCCACCCUGGUCAUAGUUUCCGAAGAACGCAAUGGUCUGUACUUUAAGGGAGAAUUGCCUCUAAACGCGAUCCAAGUGCAGUUUGAAGAAAACCAGAAGACCUCUUUUCUAAUAGAAGGCCGAUUAAUCAACUCCAUUCGGGUGAUUUGCCCCAGUUAUGAAGAUUACCAAGAGUGGCUGUACUGUCUUAAGACAGCUCAGUUCCGAAAUGCUGAUUCCUCCCUUUCUGGAUCUGAAAGCUUAUCAGGACCAAAACCACCAAAUCUGGGGCUGUGCUCCGGCAGCGGGAGAGGCUCACUCAACUCCGAAGGCCGAACAAACUCCUGGGCGUCGGGAGGCAAGGGAGCGACUUCCACUCACCACUCUCAGAACAGCAUGGGCUCCCUUGCAGAGAGGCAGUUGUUUGGUGUGACUGAAAACGGGCUGGGUGAAGACUGUCUGCCUCCACCUGGCCGUUGUCCUGCAAACCCAGUCUUGAUGGCUACAGGGAUGCCGAAACCUGAACUGAAAAGGAAAGGAAGUUCUCGGAAGUCCAAAGGAAAAAGCAGCCAGCCGGCCCAACAGCCUCAGCCCAGCAACCAGGACUCAGAAAGGAGCCGCUUCCAGCCCACUCCUGAACAUCCCAACAGAGAGGUUUUGUCUCCAGUGUACAAUGAGCCAUACACAGCCCUGGUCCACCAGCAACAUCCAGCUGUUCCCCCGCUGCAUCUGGACAUAAACAAUAUGAGACAGUGGAACUUGCCGAGAAGUCAGCACUGCACAGAGCCUGAAAUCCUGGAGAAGAAACCCCUGUCUUCCUCCCCCAUGUAUGCUGACCCCUACACGCCUAACUCUCCCUCUUCACACCAGGCAGCAGACUGCAGCUUCCUAGAAGAGUUCCUGAAACGCCAUGGUCAGACUGGCCUGGAGCAGCAAAACGGCUACCCAGCCAUGCCGGUGUCUGUCCCUGUGUCCCAUCAUCCUCCGCUGCAGAAGAAGAACUCACAGGCGUUACUUGGCAACCACUGGCGAGAGCCAAUCGCGGCAAAGAGGUUCAGCAUCCCAGGCCCCACGCUGAAUUUUUCAGUGAUGCCUCCUUCAGACCUGGAUUAUUUGGCAACAAGCACUUUAUCGAGGGAUGAAUUUCCAGCGCCUUCCUUGCCGGGUUCAGACAAAAGCGUCGGCGCAUAUGACCUGCCGGAAAACGGACGAGAGCGGCUCGACUCGACCUAUCACGAUUACGCAGAACUCCAAAGCUUCCAAAGUGACUUCAGUUACGACAAUAUCUGGGAAGCGAGGGAGACGGGGUCCCGACGGAUCGGUCCCGUCUCCGAGCAGGAGAUUUACCAUUGCUGAAGGACUCUGACUUGAGCCCCAGAGGACAGUUAUCCUCUGUCUGCACCGGAAAAGACAUGGCUGCUUGCCCCCCACAAUGCUCUGCUUCUCUGCCUGGUGUUAUACAAAUCGGAGUGUGAGUUUUGGGCUACCCAAGACUCAGGAAUGUGGCAACAGCAGUUUCCUGUCUCUUAGGGAUGGCUACGAUCUCCCCAAUGACUUCUGGACACGUUGUGGUCUGUCCUUGCAGCUCACGAAUGCCUAGAGAAGGCUGUCUGAAAAGGGGGUCUGAAAUUCCAGGGGAAAAGUCUCCCCGUGCCUUCUGACUUCUUGUGGCUAUAACCUGGGGUGGGACUUUGGACUCUGGAAGGGCGGGGCUCAGCGGCCGAGGAAAUGUCUUGCAUAAAGGUUCCAGGAUCAGUCCCUGACAUUUUAAGGUAAAGAUCGCAGCUGGCAGAUGGUGGGAAAGAUCAUUCGGAACCUGGAGAACCGCUGCCCGUCACAACACUGAGCUCCACGGGCCAACGGUCUGACCCUUGACGGGGCAGCUUCUUACGUUCGUAAGACUCUUGAGAUGAAGAAAAUCUUUGUUUGUGAGGGGUGGGAUAGAGUGAGGCUGACAAUGGGGGAAUACCCUGCAUGAAGAACAAGAAGGCGAGCCGGCCGCCGGCCAGGGCACACGGCAUAAAAGAGGCAGAAGCCUUUGAAUCGGGAAUUCAAGAUGAAGACUAUGGGGCCCCUUGGAAGUGUUGGAAGAGCUGUCGACCCCCAAAUGGUCACAGCUGGACUCUUAGCCCUUCAGUAUUAGGGUUUUGCAGAUGUGAAACAGCCCAGUAGCCACAGAGGUGUUAUCAGGGCCUAGGGAAGCCAAAGCACUGACAGGCGUGUGAAAAUGCAUGGUUAUCACUGGCUUGGGGGAAAAUGGGGACACUGGAAUGAGUUUGCGGUUGGGAAUAAGAGGUUAACCUCUAGAGAGCGGCGAGGAUGGGAGAUCACAUUGGACAGAAGUCUUUAUCCUUUUCCUAGAUAUGUUUCCACCAAAGUUCAGCCCGACAUGUUUAAGCCAAGCCCCUUGCCUUGGAAUGGGCUAAAGAAAGAUAUGCCUUUGAGCAUGUUCAGGGUCAUCGUGACUCCAGUGUGCCUGGGAUUAUGAGCCUCCCACAGCUAAUCUUUGUGUGCCAAAGGAUCAUGGGGUACCUUGGUGGGCAGCAGGACCUCUGUGGGCAGCCAUGGGCAGAAACAGGAGAUUUGUGGGCGCCAACAGACACGAUGAAGAUCACAACUCUCUGCCCAAGAAAGGCAAACUGUGCGUUUGUGUACCUCCCACUCUGAUCAGGGCUAU